AUGGUUGGGAUUGCAAGAGCCCGUGGCUGUGGUACCUGCAGGAAGCGGAAGAUUGCGUGCGGCUUGGAAAAGCCCUCCUGUGCUCAAUGCAUCAAAUCGAACAGAGUAUGCACUGGGUACCGGAAAUACCCCAUCUUCAUUGUUCAUCAGCCACCAAAGGGGGACGACUCGAAGCAAGCGAAGCACAAGGAACCUACGUUUGAUUCGACAACACAUCACCCUGGAACUCGGCAAAACCCUGUGGAUGUCAUCGGAGUGACAAACACCUCAUCGCCAAGUGGAGUUUAUUCUGAUCCAGUCGCAUCUCUUAUUAGGUUGGGAGCACAAGUGAACGCCAACCCCGCUCUCCGACAGCGCCUUUUGGAGGCCUACCUGGAUAACCACCUGUCAAAGAACACGCUGGGACCCAUGCAGCAGAGGGUGUGGCUAAUACAAAUCCCCAAGCUUCCUAAUCUUGUCCCUGCGUUAGAGGUUUCGAUGAUGGCGUUGUCCCUGGCCAAGCUAGGCGAAGUCUAUCAUGACGAAGGGCUUACUCACGAGAGCCUAAAGCUUUACCGUGAGGCUUUGCACCAGGUCCAACUAGCGCUAUGGGAUCCCGACUUGAUGCUCCAUGAUCAGACUCUCGCUGCUUGUGUGGCGUUAGGCAUGUACGAGAUGAGCCAAUGUCCAAAUCGAUCGAAACAUGGAUACAUUAGUCACACUCUCGGCUGCCAAAAGCUGAUUCAACUCCGUGGAGCCGAGGCACAUAUGGAUGGGCUGGGGCAUUCGAUCUUUGUACAUUUUAGAGUCCAAGGCAUUCUUUACUCGCUAGAUCUAUGCCAGCCUUCCUUCCUGGGAGAGCGGUUGUGGCAAGAGGUGCCCUGGCAAAGAAGGCCGAAAACGCCCUAUGAUCGGAUUUACGACUUCCUCACCUGUGCACCCGAGCUCCUCAGGCAAGGCGAAAUGCUCGAGCAUAUGGAUCCUCAAAACAAAUUACACCUCGCAAGGGACAUGAUUUGGAAGUGCUGGAAGUUGGAUGCUGAGUUACAGUCGGUUUACGACUGCAUGGAGAAGAACCAUGACGGACCAUUAUAUUGGCCAGAACUAGCGAGAGAUGAAAGCCUCGACCCCGGCCCGAAGAAUGGACUGCUUUUCCCGGUGGCUUUCCAUUAUCCCAAUCUCUCCAUCGCCAACACUGUCAUCAUUUAUUGGGGGGUACAAGCUAUACUGUGGCAAGGAUUGUGGCACCUGUACGGCGUAAUGGCUGAAUUGCCGAUGAAAUUUGCGGGCGCCAGGGACUUCGCACAAGGGGAUGUGGAUGAUGACACCAGACCCUUGACGAACGCCGUCAGCAACGUUUUCCACUUCCCACCAUUGGAACAUCGAGCGGACUUUGCGGCACCGUGUCGUAAUAUACUUCAGUCCGUGGAAUACGCACUGCAAGGCGAUAUGUUCGAUCAAGGGCCGAAGUGUGUCGCAGCCCCGUUGAGGAUGGCGUUAGAAACGCUACUGCCUUACCCUAAAUACAAGCGGGAGGUUGCUUGGGCAGAGAGGGCUCUGGGGAAAGUGCAGGAGCGAUCUCUCCGUCUGCUCAUUUACUAUACCCCUAGUAGAUAG